AUGCAACAAGAAGCUCAAUUAAAUGAAGCUCGAUGGGGCAAUCUUCAAGUAGGACUCCUAGCAGGCGAUCUCGCCGCGGCAGCAGCUUCGGCGUCCCUAGUGACACCCGCAGUGGCAAUUAUUGAUAGAUCGCUUGUCGAGCAAGCCGCCUUCAAGCAACCAAUUCUCCACGGACUUCGUCGGCAUACCCUCAGGGCCUUUCGACAGCCGGGUCUGUUCGUCUUCCAAAGACCCUUCGGUAUCGUCUGGGCCCUGUACGCGGCAACGUAUUCCGUCGCAAAUGUGACCGACACAAUCAGUCGCAAGCUUGAGAUAACCGCCGCGGGGACAAUCACAUUCGCCACAACAAUGAUGGCCAACGUGCCGCUAGCGCUGUGGAAGGAUAUCCGAUUUGCCCAGGAAUAUGGCACCGGCAGGGGUCCCGAUGCGACGAAAGCAAACAUCCCAAACUCUGUACCCCUCCAGAACAAGUCGUUGGCACGAGCUGCAGCUGCUAUCUUCCUUGUACGAGACGGUGUGACUAUCUUUGGAUCAUUUACGUUGGCCCCGUGGUUGUCGGAUGCCAUCCCCGAUGGCUUGGCAGCUCAUUUUCACGCAAAGCCGAUCAUCACGCAGUUGACUGUGCCUGUCCUGACUCAGCUAGUUGCUACUCCAUUGCAUUUGUUGGCGUUGGAUAUGUACACACGGCAAUAUACUAUGCCCUUACUGGAAAGGGUGAAGCAUUCGCAACAAUAUCUUCCCUCGUCGGCUUUGCUGCGUUGUAUCCGUAUCAUUCCUGCGUUUGGAAUUGGGUGCUUGACAAACAUGGAGUUGCGGUGUGCUUUUCAUGCCAGAGUCUCAGGUUGA